AUGAACGGGUCUCGCUAUAUGCGUCUGGUUGUCGGGUUUCCAUAUCUGCGAUGAGAGUACGUAUCCGAUCUCGCCGCCGGCGGCUCCUCCCGCCGGCGACGAGCUGAGGCGAGAUCGCAUUAGAUCGUACGAAACCCAAGUGGGGGAGCGGCAGCGGAGGAGCUUAGGUGCGGAAGUUCUUGCCCUCGAAGGUCUGGCCGAACUGCCAGUCGCGGGGGGCAACGUGCCAGGAGGUGGAGCGGCGGCCGUCGCUGGUGGUGACCCUGAAGGUGAGGGACUGGCCGACAAGCUGCGCGUUGGUCUGCCAGAGCUGGCCCCAGUUGCGGGACAUCGUCGUCCACCCCAGCUUGUUCCCCUUCACCUGCACGCCGUGGACGUCGCCGGCGCCGGCCACGUUCCACACCAGCACCAGGUUGAAGUAGGGGUUCCCCGUGAUGGUGAACCGGAUCCCUCCCUGCUUCUUGCAAGGGACCCUGCGACGGAGAAGUCAGUUGAGUUGCACCCUUACCGGCGAGGUUGGUGGUGGUGGAGAGGGAGGGGAGCCUACCUGCGGUAAGCGACAGGGACGAUGCCGGCCUGGUACUGGGCGAUCUGGAGGAAGGCUGGCUGGGAGAGGUCGAAGUGGGAGCGGGGGGGGUUGCACCAGCCACCGUUGUCGCUGGCGAGGGCGUAGUUUGGGGGGCAGUUGUUGGUGCCGCUGACGAAGACGGAGGGGUGGCCGGGCUUGCACCACUGCCGGUCGUUGACGCACUUGAUCUCGUAGCAGGCGCCGCAGGUUAG